UUCUUUUUCUUUCUGUUCGAUUAGGAUCCAAUAGUGACAAAAAUAACAUUAAAUAUCCCAAAACUAAAAACAAUUAAACUAUCAACAUCUACAAUGCCAUUUGUCACCCCCAAUGGAUAUGAACAGAAGCUUCUCGCAUGGUGGAUCGAGAGAGGGACCAUCUUCUUCUCCUUUCCUUGGUCUGCACUCUCUUCUACUCUUCCAAACCCAGUGCGGUCUUAAAGGCUGAAUAUUCAGUUAUACUAUUGUCUUUAAACAAGAAAAGAAAAACUGGUAGUAUGUACGCUACGCAAAGACAUUUCUACUGGCGACGGUAUGUGACGACAAGGGAAUCCACCACUCGACCGUUCCAAAAUUUCGUGCAACACAGUCCUACUUGACCACUACGGCCGGGCGUGGAAAGUAAGCGUCGACACUACCCAACAAAUACACGGAAUCUCAUUUCGCCCAGUCCACGGCGUGAGCAGAGCACUGAGCACGAACAGAGCACCACCAACCUCCCGAUUCCAGGCCACGCACCGCCAAGUGGACGAGCUAGCUACCUCCUGAUCUUCGCCAUGGACGCCGGGCCAUCAUCCUCGCCGCUGCGCAUCGUGAUCGUCCCGUGGCUCGCGCUGGGCCACCUGCUCCCGUGCCUGGAGCUCGCCGAGCGGCUCGCGUCCCGGGGCCACCGCGUGUCCUACGUCUCCACGCCGCGCAACCUCGCGCGCCUCCCGCCGCCGGCGCCACGCGUGGACCUCGUGGCGCUCCCGCUGCCGCGCGUGGACGGCCUCCCCGACGGCGCCGAGUCCACCAACGACGUCCCGGAAGGCCAGCGGGAGCUCCACUGGAGGGCCUUCGACGGCCUCGCCGUGCCCUUCGCGGAGUUCCUGGCCGCCGCGUGCGCCGGCCAGGCCACGAGGCCGCACUGGAUCAUCGCCGACACUUUCCACCACUGGGCCGCCGCCGCCGCCCUGGAGCACCUGGUGCCGUGCGCCAUGCUGCCCCCGACCGCUGCCUUGAUCGCCACCGUGCUCAGUCACAGCCAGCCGUCGGACAGAGCACGCGCUCCUCCCCGUUACGAACAAGAGGGGAGGCAACCGAUUUACUGCAACCAUGGCGUGUCUGGUAUGUCCAUCAUGCAGCGCUUAUUGUUGACAAAGGAGAGGUGCACGGUCGUGGCCAUCCGGAGCUGCGUCGAGUGGGAGCCCGAGUCUUUCCCGCUGGCGGCGACAAUUCUCGGCAAGCCGGUCGUUCCCCUCGGCCUUCUGCCGCCGUCAGCCGAUGCAGCCCGCUGUGCCGCCGCCAACGGGGCAGAGCAUGCCACCGUGCGGUGGCUGGACGCGCAACCUCCCGGCUCGGUGCUGUACGUGGCGCUGGGGAGCGAGGUGCCGCUGCGCGUGGAGCAGGUGCAUGAGCUGGCCCUCGGGCUGGAGCUCGCCGGGACGCGCUUCCUCUGGGCUCUCAGAAAAGCCAGCAGCGCCGGCGCCGCCGUCGACACCGACAUCCUCCCGCCGGGUUUCCAAGAGCGCACGCGUGGCCAGGGGCUGGUGACCACGGCGUGGGUUCCCCAGAUGAGCAUCCUGGCGCACGCGGCCGUGGGCGGGUUCCUGACCCACUGCGGCCGGAGCUCGCUGAUCGAGGGCCUCCUGUUCGGGCACCCGCUCGUCAUGCUGCCCAUCUUCGGGGACCAAGGGCCCAACGCGCGGCAAAUGGAGGCGAAGAAGGUGGGGCUGCAGGUGGCGAGGGACGAGAACGACGGCUCGUUCGAUCGCCAUGGCGUCGCGGUGGCGGUCCGGGCCGUCAUGGCUGAGGGAGAGGCCCGGAGUGGCUUCUUAGCAGGCGCUGCGAGGAUGCAGGAGGUGGUAGCCGAUGCAGAGCGGCAUGAGAGAUACAUCGACGAGUUUGUACAGCAGCUUAGAUCUUACUCCGCCGCAGGUGCAACGAACUAAUGGCAAUUUUACUACUGCCAAAUAAAUCAGUACGUAAAAUCGUUCCAGAUUACUUUGGAAACCACACAUUCAAAUAAUUAAUCGGUGGUGCACUGAUUCCAGUUCUUUACAGGAAACACACUCAAGUGGUUUCUUCA